GCUGAACGAGGGUCACACGGUGUACCUGGAGAGGAUGAUCGGCCGCUCCAUGGACAGUGAGCAGUUCAGGCAGUUCAAAGCCAUGGGGGGCUGGAAGGACCUGCAGGACUCGGUGAACACCUUCGGAGCCAACAACCCUCUGACUAACCUGGUCCCCAGCCUGCAGGACGUGGACCCCGACGAUGCCUUCUCCUCGGUGCCCUACGAGAAAGGCUUCGCUCUGCUUUACCACCUGGAAGAGCUGCUGGGCGGCCCAGAGGUGUUCAUGGGUUUUGUGAAGUCCUACAUCCAGCUGUUCGCCUACAGCAGCGUCACCACCGACCAGUGGAAGAACUACCUGUUCACCUACUUCAAGGACAAGGUGGACAUCCUGAACAAGGUGGACUGGAACGCCUGGAUGUUCACUCCCGGCAUGCCUCCAGUCAAACCUCAGUACGACACCACGCUGGCUGAUGCCUGUAUUGCCCUGAGCCAGAAGUGGAUCAAGGCCACAGACCAGGACCUGAGCAGCUUCCAAGAAUCUGAUUUGAAGAAGCUGUCAUCCCACCAAGUCAUCGAGUUCCUGUCCCUCCUGCUUCAGGAGGAUCCGCUCCCCCUGACUCACGUGAAGAAGAUGCAGGAGGUUUACGACCUCAAUGGCAGCAUGAACUCAGAGAUCCGCUUCAGGUGGCUGAGGCUUUGUGUCCGCUCCAAGUGGGAGGAGGCUGUUUCCAUGGCAAUGAAGAUGGCGACGGAGCAGGGCAGGAUGAAGUUCACCAGACCGCUCUUCAGGGAGGUCUUCAAUUUUGAGAAGUACCGUGAAGAAGCCGUUCGAGUGUUCCUGGCGAACAGAGCCGCCAUGCACCCGGUUACCUCUGGACUGGUCGCCAAAGACCUGAAGGUGGACGCCAGCAACACCACCAGUCUGUAACUCCAGAAACCAGUCUGUGAAAACAAGAAACUGGUAUUAAUGACAGGGAAUGAGAAUUUUGUUUCGGUGCUUCAUGUUUCUGCUCACGUUUGCUUCGUUUGGUCGGAGUGACAGAAAGACGAGACAAAAUCAACAGCUCAAUCUUAUGUUAGUUCACCAACUUUCUGAUUGUUCGGUUUUGUUUUUCUGACUUUUUUUUCUCACUAGCAGAAUUAAAAUGUUUCUGAAAUCA